AUGGCUCAUCUUGCUAGAACCAUUUCAGUGCUAUGGCUUCUUUUUAUCACUACUAUGGUUCCUUGUUUUGGCAGCGAUUUAGCAGUGUCACCGGAGACAUCUGUGGCGAUCCAGAAUCUUCUAGAAGACCAAGAGAAUCUAACGGUUCAUUGCAAAGCAGGGGAUCAUGAUGUUGGGGUGCACACUCUAAAGCCUGGUGAAAAUUUCUCGUACCAUUUGAGACCUAAUAUCACUGGAAACACGAUUUUCAAUUGCAGCUUUGCAUGGAAUCAUGGUAUUUGCCGGCGGUUUGAUAUAUAUGAACAUGAUGAAGACAACAUGUUUACGAAUAUCAAGUGGCAAAUUUACAGAGAUGGACCCUUCAUUUGA